ACCGGGGAGACCUCCUCUUUACUAUCAUAGUGUCCAUUUAACUAUAAUUUAAACAUAGUUUGCGCAAGAGCGGCCCAAACAUGCCAUGUCGAAGAUCACUAAAUCAGACCAUCCCAAGAGUAUGUGCAUAUUAUGAUCGAGAGGAUUAAACCUGCGACCGGAGCUUAGUUUGUGAUGUUAGCCGGCUCCUAGCACAAGCCACAACAGAGCCAUGAUGUCCAGAAGGAGAAGAAGAAUCAAGCCUGUAGAUGAUGCAAUGACAUAUAUUCUGUCUUGCACUGACAAGUCUGGAUUUAUGUCAAGACUCGUCGACAGUUACAAAGGAAGAGGAGUGUUUGCCAUGCAGCCCAUUGAACCAGGGGACUUUGUACAUCAGAUGUUCCACAAGGAAUCAAAGCCAGAUGAGACUCAACCACAGGUGACAGACCCUCAGACUCCUGCAGUAGAGACAGAGACCAGCCCUGUACAUCAGAUGCUCCACAAGGAAUCAAAGCCAGAUGAGACUCAACCACAGGUGACAGACCCUCAGACUCCUGCAGUAGAGACAGAGACCAGCCCUGCACAUCAGAUGCUCCACAAGGAAUCAAAGCCAGAUGAGACUCAACCACAGGUGACAGACCCUCAGACUCCUGCAGUAGAGACAGAGACCAGCCCUGCACAUCAGAUGCUCCACAAGGAAUCAAAGCCAGAUGAGACUCAACCACAGGUGACAGACCCUCAGACUCCUGCAGUAGAGACAGAGACCAGCCCUGCACAUCAGAUGCUCCACAAGGAAUCAAAGCCAGAUGAGACUCAACCACAGGUGACAGACCCUCAGACUCCUGCAGUAGAGACAGAGACCAGCCCUGUACAUCAGAUGCUCCACAAGGAAUCAAAGCCAGAUGAGACUCAACCACAGGUUUUUACUGUCCAAGGGUUUUCGCUCGUUGAUUAUUCAGAAAGUGAUGAAACUGAUGAGGACUUUAUGGAGAACAAAAGUCCCACUCCACACCGUGAUGUUCUCAGGAAGAUAACAGAAAACACUCUGAUGGAUAGUGGACCAGAGGUUUCUAAUCAUUCGUACGGUUCAGAAAGUGUUGUGAACGAAACCUGCGAUGAGGCUUCUCCAAGCAACCAUUCCAACGAGCAAUCAGAUAAUGUACUUGUUCCAUCACUGAGACGCACAAAAAGUCUCAUGUGGGAUAGAGUACAAGAUUUUGCUGGGUGUCUAUACGAUUCAGAUGACGACAGCACAGAGGGCACUUCCAUUUCUAAGCCUGAAAGGGAUUCACCGAGGCUGAGAAGAAGCUCUUGCCACCCUACGUCAGUCUACCAGGAGAACAGAGGUCAGAAGAUGAGGAGAGCAUGUCAUCCCUGCAAGAAUGUACCUCCACAUCACAUGUCCAAAGCCAGGCAGCGUCUUCAACAGAUGUCAGUAUGCCAGAACAACAGUGGUCAGAAGAUGAGGUCAGCAUGUCAUCCCUGCAAGGAUGUACCUCCACAUCACAAGUCCAAAAAAAGAGUGUGUCCGCAAGAAAGAGAGGUAAGCAAGCUGCUGUACAGCGUUGGACAACCGAGGAGAUUGCUGCAGUAGAAAAACAUCUGAAGAAGUUCAUUGUGAGGCAAGAUGAUCCAGGUAAAGCGACUUGUGAGCGCUGCAUUUCUGUAGUACCGCAAGCGCUGCAAAAAACAGACUGGAAAGCAGUCAAGUAUUUAAUCAAAAAUAGAAUAACUGCCAUGAGAAGAAAAUUGUAAUGAAAGCAGUUCACUGAUCGGGAGUAUGGAGACAUGUUUUCAGUUUGCCCUCCAACACUUUUUUGUUCAAGGUCUGUUUUGUUGUAUUGUUUCCACCUGUCUCUAUAACGCAUUAUAAAUAUAUUUAUAAUGACCUUAUAGCACUGUACACAUAUAGUUAUAAACACUCAUCAAUUAUUAUAAUGCUUUAUAACAAUCAUAACAGUUAUUAUUGUUAUAUAGCAUUAAGAUCAUUUAUGAGUGUUUCUAUAGUUAUACAGUGCUAUAACCUCGUUAUAAAUAUUUUUAUAAUGACGUUAUAGAGAUACGCGUUAAACAAAGUGUUACUCAAAGGGUUACCACUUUUUUUUGUUUUGUGUAAAGUGCAGUCUGAUCAUUGACCUGUUGGUAAAAUAAAUACAUGCUCCUCAGGAUUACUUGUUGAAAGCAUUUCCUUUUAUUUUUAGCCUCAUAGCAUAGCUGCCUCAAGUCUUAUUUUAAGUUUGUUUUUCAUGAUAAUGCGCGGUGAAUCAACAGUGUUAGGAGAGUAGAACUAGGCUAACGUAUGUGAUGUGAAAAACUGUGCUUACAUUUAACUCCAGGGUUAUUUGAUUACCAUGUUACUACCCUGUCUUAUCGUUGAUGAUCCUUUGUUAAGAUGAUAGCACAUACAGUAGUUAAUGAGCUAACAAGGCAUGUGAAAUUUCAGGUGUAAAGGGAAAAUAAAUGGAAUGAAGGAAGCAAGAAAGAAGAGAAUUUAAUUUGAAAUAUAGAUCCUUAAUGCAGUCAGUGUCUGUGUGCAGUAGGGACCAUUAAUGGGCCCCAGAUAGUAACCUGGAACCCCACAAAUAUACAAAAACAAGAAAUGUGUGUGUGUGUGUGACACUGGACCUCACAACUACCUUAUGUUAGAAACGGUCCCCACAAGUGACCAAAAAACUAGCGGGAAGACAAAAGUUUAAAAUUUUGUUAAUUUGAAGUGAUUUUUGUGUUUGGGAAUUUUUUUUUAUCUUGCCUGAUUUUUUACAGCACUGUAGGACCACUGGAAAGGGUGGACCCCAUAAAUGAGCAAAAAACUGGUGGACCUCGUGAGGGGCAAAAACAAGAAUGUGUGUGUGUGUGUGUGUGUGUGUGUGUG